AUCAAAUAAAUGAGUGUGCAGUCAACCCGUGUCUUAACGGCGCAUCGUGCACUCCAUCUUUAAAUUCAUACUCCUGCACAUGCGCAACAGGAUAUAGUGGAACUACUUGCCAAACAAACAUCGAUGAUUGUGCAAAUACUCCGUGCAAGAAUCAAGGGACUUGCAUUGACCAGGUUAAUUCUUUUAGAUGUAACUGUGCUGCCGGAUAUAAAGGAACUACGUGCGAAGAAGUUUGUACGGAUAAUGAUAAGUAUGUAAGCGGCUGUUCCAAAACAUGCAACUGUAACGCAUCCAGGCUGGUGGAAAAUGUUGGAACUCAAGCCUGUAACCAAACAACAGGUUACUGCAUGUGUAACUCAAAAUGGACUGGCCCUGCAUGUGAAACGGAUGUUGACGAAUGCACGGAUACCACCAUUUGUAAUAGUACCCCAAACAAGGUUUGUGAAAAUACCUUAGACGGCUAUUAUUGUACAUGCAAAGUGGGGUACACAGAAAAUACGGACAAAACCUGCAGAGCAAGCACCACAACAGUGUCAUUAAGUGUGGGAACAAAUGAAUAUAAAAUAACACUUAAAAUGACCCUUGACAUACCGUGUGUAGCGGCAGAUCUGCAAGUUCCAACGAAAUAUGAUAGAAUUAAAGCAUCAAUUGAAUCUAUGUUGCAAGCCAAACUCUCUUCAACUUUACGUGUUGUUGCCUAUAAUAUUAGGUGUGGAUCAAUAGUAUUCGAAAGUCAAAUAAUAAUACGUAACACCGAUGCUGAGAAAUCUCGUGUCGCCGGUGAUUUGCAAAACAUUAGAAACGGAGACACAGUGGCGGUGGAUGGAGUCAACACUAAAGCCACUGCCCUUACAGUCAACGGAUACGCAUUGAGUAUAACUUCCGGUACUGACAAUACAGGAACUAAAGUUUGUAGAGUACAUUCAACAUUAGUCACCUGUCCUACAGGGCAAACAUGUCAAUAUGUAGACAACACAGCAUCUUGCAGGACUAUACAGACAGACGAAGCCGACGACGAUAAUAAUGCAUUGAUAUUAGGUCUGGGUCUAGGCUUAGGAUUAGGAUUACCUCUUGUUUUGUUCGUUAUCAUAGCAGUCGCCUGCUGUUACUGGGCAAAGAAAAGACGGCAAUAUAGGGAAAAAGACUACAGAAGGGACAGGGAUAUCCCAUCGAGAAACAGUAAUGUUGUAGACUGGAAGGACGACUACAGACAUUCGUACGACCGCCCGAGAAACGAUUAUGGCGAAUAUAUCGACAAAAGAGAAUUUUAUGGCUUACCAACCUAACGUUAUUAAAAUAAUUCUAUCUAUCAAUAUUUAUUUUAUACAAUAUAUUUAAUUCCUUUCGAGUCCAUAGUAAACUUUUUGGUAAUGUAUACUUCAUUUGACAGGAUUUGUGUUUUCCUUUGACAUAAUCUGUAAUAGAAGCUGCUUAAAACAGAUAAUGUACAGAUAUCUAGUGUCAUACCGGCAUGUGAGUCUUCACUAUGUCAGAAUAACAUUUACGUCCUCAUUGAGUCAGGCCUUGCUGUCACUAUAAUUAUACUGCUGCCUGUACAGUUUUGUAGCUUACUCUUAUAAUUGCCACUUUUUGAUUCAUAGCGGGAUGAGAGAAGGCUAUAUUGAAAUCGGGUUAAAAAUAGUCCAUUGCACACAGAUAGCAUGUGAGGGGCGAACGACAACUUUUCUUGGAGAUUGGGAUAAAAUUGGAUUGUCGCACAUAGCACAUAUUAACAUGGAUGUAAAUCUGAAUUCAAUGACAUUGACUUUAUUGUUUAUAUGCCCAUUGAUACAUGAAGCAUGGUUAAGCAGUAAAUAUUUUUGAUGUUUUUUAUAUUACGUGUAUAUUCUGUUAAGUUGUGAUUGAUUUUUUUCAUGUCUUCAUACGUAUAUAAUUGACAAAUACUCUUGUAAAAAAUAUGUAAUCGGUAAUAACGUAUGGUAUUGUAUAAUGUGGACAUUAAAAUUAUAAAAUAAAG